AUGAUGCUCCCAGACCUUAGGGUGCGCCCGUGUCUGGAGAAGGGUGGGCCCCUUAGAUGGGCUGGGGCGUCACCCCGCCACAGGAUUCGGGGGUCCGCCUGGCUAGCGGGACUGGGACUGCUGAUCGCCCUUCUGAGCACACUCGGCUGCUGCGCCCAGGUCCCAGGCUUGAGCAUGGCGGAAGGGAACACCUUGGUCUCAGUGGAUUAUGAAAUUUUUGGGAAGGUUCAAGGGGUGUUUUUCCGCAAGUACACUCAGGCUGAGAGUAAGAAGCUAGGUUUGGUAGGCUGGGUCCAGAACACAGAUCAGGGCACGGUGCAAGGGCAAUUGCAAGGUCCCAUCUCCAAGGUGCGCCACAUGCAAGAAUGGCUGAAGACAAGAGGAAGUCCCAAAUCACACAUUGACAGAGCGAACUUCAAGAAUGAGAAAGUCAUCUUAAAGUUGGAUUAUACAGAUUUCCAAAUUGUAAAAUAAUGACGUGAAUUUUAAUUUUUUCAAAAAUAAUUUCACUCCUUUUUUAUUGAUAAAGAAGUAUUCUGUGCUCAGUAUUAGAAUUUGUCAUUAAGUUAUUUUAGCUGUGUAUUUGAAAGUUACCGUGUAUUACAUGUAUGAUGAAAUACAAUUGUGCACAAUUCUGACCAAUAAAAACACAUCAGCACUUUA